GUCAAUGUCGUUGGGGAAGCCAGGUUGUCCUGAGAAACUGAGUGGGAGUGGCGCGGAGCUGCAGGGAAUCCUAAACCUUUGAGCUGCGGCAAGCUGGGUCUGCUAGCUACUAUUUUAAAAAUGACCACACCAAACAAGACACCCCCUGGAGCGGACCCUAAGCAGUUGGAAAGGACUGGAACAGUACGGGAAAUUGGGUCACAAGCUGUCUGGUCACUCUCAUCAUGCAAACCAGGAUUUGGAGUGGAUCAGUUACGAGAUGACAAUCUAGAAACUUACUGGCAGUCAGAUGGCUCCCAGCCCCAUCUAGUGAACAUCCAAUUCAGAAGAAAAACAACGGUGAAGACCUUAUGUAUUUAUGCGGACUACAAAUCUGAUGAAAGCUAUACUCCAAGCAAGAUCUCAGUCAGAGUAGGAAAUAAUUUCCACAACCUCCAAGAAAUUCGGCAACUUGAACUGGUGGAACCAAGUGGCUGGAUUCACGUUCCCUUAACUGAUAAUCAUAAGAAGCCAACUCGUACAUUCAUGAUACAGAUUGCUGUUCUAGCCAAUCACCACAAUGGAAGAGACACCCACAUGAGACAAAUUAAAAUAUAUACACCAGUGGAAGAGAGCUCCAUUGGUAAAUUUCCUAGAUGUACAACUAUUGAUUUCAUGAUGUAUCGUUCAAUAAGGUGACUGAAACCAACAAAAGUCAUUAAACAUACUUUUUCUCUU